UUAUUACACCACUUACGUCUAAGUAUGUUAAUUACACAAUACGUUAUGUUGCUUUCGGGGAGCCUUGAUGUGUUGCGCAUAUGCACCACUCACUUUUGUAAUUUAUGUCUAACAACGCACCAAACGUGCAACAGAUGACCAUGAGUUACCAUGGUUACCAAGGGCAUCUAAACACAACAGAAUCUGACCACCGAAUCUCCUUCAUUCACCGAGGGGCUGUAUGUUGUCCCAAAAUUGACUGAAAUAAUUUGGCCUAGUCUGUAAUGUCAGAGGCUCAUUAGAAACUGAGAACAUGUACAAAGUUGAUUUGCCUGUAGAGCAGUCCUUAGAAAAGGCUGUGGAGAGGCGAAGGUCUGCAGAAACAGUACGCAAGGCCCGGAUCUUCAACACCCGGCUCCGUGUGAUGGGCCUUGAUCUUGAUGCUCUCAACCGACAGGUCCAGGAGAAAAAACGUCGGCAAAACAUGGAGAUACAACGAGGCAACGCUUUUGACAAGCUGGGAGAAUAUCACGAUAAAGCACUGAUGCAACAAGACAUUGAUGAAAGAGAGAAGCGAGCGGCUUUGCACACUGACCUGACCCAGUAUUGGGCAACUCAUCAGCGAGAAGAGGACUCACAUAAUGCUGAUCUCAAGUGUGGCCUGAAGGGGGCAUUCAGGAUCACCAUUCCAGAGGGUGAGCUGGGGCCUGCCAGUAUGAAAUUCUUUCAGGGAGAGGGUAUCGGAGAGGAGCAAAGGAGGAGAGAACAAAUGAAAAAGACAGACAGAGAUCUGCGAGCACAGAAGGAAGACAAUGAGAAAAGGCACACGGGAGCCAAGCACAGAGAGAUGCUAGUGAGCAAAGAGUUGAUGCAUCAGGACCUUAGGGGAGUUCAGCAAAAUGCACUAGAGGAGGAGUGUAAGAAAGCUGCCCGCAUUGCACUCGACAACUACAAUCAAGCUUUGGCUGCAGAGCGGGCAGAGAAACUGAAGGAGCAGCACAGGCGAGAGGAAAGGGAGAACCUUGCAGAGAUGCAGCACACUCUGACAUCCGACAUGAUGACAGAGCGUUCAGAGGCAGCAAAGAGAGAGGUUGAAGGAGGGAGGCCACCCCGGGUUUUGGUAGACAAGUGGAAGGGGAUGAGCCCUGAGCAGCUGAGUGACAUCCACAGGGAGAGAGAAGAGCAGCGUCUUGAGAAACAGAGACAACGUGAUGCUGAAAAGAUUCAGGAUGCAGCUUGGGAACUCCAACUCCUGAAGAUAUCCAGAGAAGCAGAGGAACAGGAGAGGAGAGCUGAAGAGCUGAGGAGAGAGAAGAGAACUCAGACAGACCUUUACAACCUGCAGCUGGCCAGAGAGCAGCAGGCAUAUCAGGAGUACCUGAACAAGAAGCUAUACACCAACAAACCCAGCAAGGAAUACUUUUAUCAAUUCAACACUGGCUCCCGUUGAACCACCACCACACUAUGCUUGUCCCCAUGUGACAAUGUGGUAAUAAAAUCUAUUGAUUGUU